AUGCGGCAGAUCUCGCGCGUGAAGUGGCCGCGCUCGGGGUCGUACACCGGCCGCCACUCGUGCAGCAUGUCGUGCGGGUCGAACGUCACCGCGUGCAGGCGCCCGUACUCCGACGUCGUGUCAGAGCUCCUCGCCUUCGUCGCAGCACUUGAGCACCGUCAGCGCGCCCGCUCGUCCGCCGGCAUGCCCGCACCGCAUGGCACUUGCCACGGCCGCGCACCACCACCACACACGCCACCGCGCCACGCACAUCGUCACUACCACUGUCACUGUCACAGAACGCCUUCGCUCGCUCCUACACCACCGUCGCACUGGGCACGUAGCCCGCCAGAGCGCCGCCGAAGCUUCGUGGGGCCGGCCGCUGAGUCAGCCGCAUGCUGCGCGAGUCGCUACACGUCGCGGCCGUACCGUUCCGCUCGCCUCGUGAGCACCGACUGA